AUGUCCUUGGUCGCCAACUACUCGGACUCGGACCCCAGCAGCGGCGGCACCGACGACGACGUCGAGGUGAAGGCGAAACCAUGCGCAAAACAUCCGAUCGCACUGCCAUCGGCAGACGACCUCUUCUCGGACGCGAGCGGUGCAAAAACAACGUCCCUCGCAGCGUUUGCCAGUGCUCGACCGACCACAAUGCCCUCACUUGGCUCGAAACGACCUCGGGAUGCAGCCACCCCCGCCAUGAUGGAAUCGUCAAAGAAUGCUAAAAGGAAGCUCGUGGAAUACCCAAAAGACAAUGAAGCUUCAGCAAUACACAGCGGAAACAGCGACGAAAUCCAUCGCGCGGUCGGCGACUUGACCAUCAUUAUGUUGUCGGCAUGCUCAGGCACGCCACCACAUUAA